AUGAUUCCAACUGCCACAAUAGAAAUGGUUUCAGGAGUGAGUUCACAACACAACGAGCAGGUUUGCAGUGUGUGGGGAAACUAUCAUUACAAGACCUUCGACGGGAACUACUUCCAGCUCCCAUCUUCCUGCAACUACAUCCUGACGUCACACUGUUCGGCCAGCUAUGAGGACUUUAACAUCCAGCUGAGACAUCAGGUGGUGAACAAUGAAGCCACAAUCAGUAAAAUCACCAUGAAGCUGCAGGGGACAGUCAUAGAGCUGACCAAAGGCUCUCUCAGUGUUAACGGGCAGAUAGUCACACUUCCAUUUAGCAGCUCUGGCGUUUUCAUCGAGAAGAUGACGUCUUAUAUUUCAGUCAAGGCUGUUUUGGGGCUUGUAGCAAUGUGGAAUGAAGAUGAUUCGUUCAUGGUCAAGCUAGAUGACAAAUACAAAAACCAAACGUGUGGACUUUGUGGAGACUUCAACGGAAUCCAGUUUUUCAAUGAAUUCAUCAGUGACGGAAUUACGCAGUCCGUGUCUGAUUAUGGGAACCUCUGGAAGAUGGACGGUCCAAUGGAAGUCUGUAAGGAAGACACAGUAGCUCUUGAAGAAAACUGUGGAGAUGAGAAUUUCUGCCGUGAUAUCUUCUCCAGUUCAGUGUUCAGUGAUUGCAGAGGUCGGGUGUCCAUUGAUUCAUUUCUCCAAGUUUGCAUGAAAGACCUGUGCCAUUGCAACGGCACCUCUGGAUCCUUCUGUCUAUGCAAAUCCAUCGGCGAAUAUUCAAGGCAGUGUGUGCAUGCAGGGGGAAAGCCUGAAGAAUGGAGAUCAGAAUAUUUUUGCCCACAUCCGUGCCCAGAAAGUAUGGUCCACCAAGAAUGUGGAAAUCCCUGCACUGACACCUGCACAAACCCUGAUAUAGGACAAGUGUGUGAGCACCACUGCAUUGAUGGAUGCUUCUGCCCUCCUGGCACUGUUUUUGAUGAUAUACACAAUACUGGCUGUAUCCCACACAGUGAAUGCUCCUGCGUCCUUGGAGGUAAAAUAUUCGCCUCUGGGGAGAAUUACACAAGCAGCUGCAGAGACUGCACCUGUGAACAGGGACAUUGGAACUGUAUUCAGAAGGACUGCCCACAUUCAUGCUCAGUAGAGGGUGGAUCCCAUAUUACCUCUUAUGAUGGAAAAGCCUACACCUUUCAUGGAGACUGCACUUAUGUCCUAUCCAAACAAUGCACAGGCACAGAAUUCACAGUCCAAGGAGACCUGGUGAAAUGUGGUGUGACUGAAACGGAAACCUGUUUGAAGUCAGUAACGCUGGCAUUGUUAGAUGGAACUAAUGUGAUUAAAGUGGAUUCCAGUGGAAAUAUUGAGGUCAACAGAAUAAUUGCCCAGAUGCCACUUUAUACAGCUGAUGUGAGCAUUUUCAAGCCCUCCUCAUUCUACAUUGUCAUUCAGGCCCAUUUGAUUGGGCUUCGCCUAGAGAUCCAGCUUGUACCAUUAAUGCAACUUUACAUCACAGUCAAUUCAGUGUACCAAGGAGAAACAUGCGGUCUUUGUGGCAAUUUCAACAACAUUGAGGCUGAUGACUUCACAACCAUUGGUGGACUCAGGGAAGCAACCGCUUUAGAUUUUGCAAACACCUGGAAAACAAGAGCAAGUUGCCCUGAUGUCAAAAGAAACUUUGAGAAUCCUUGCAGUCUUAGCACUGAAAAUGAGAAAUAUGCACAGCACUGGUGUUCCCUGCUAUCAGAUCCCUCAUCAGUGUUUGCCCCCUGCCACUCUGAAAUCAGCCCUGAAGUCUACAAAGCAAAUUGCAUAUAUGACAGCUGCAACUGUGAGAAAAGUGAGGACUGCAUGUGUGCUGCUUUGUCUUCAUACGUUCAUGCAUGUGCUGCAAGAGGGAUCGCUCUUGAUGGCUGGAGAGAAGUUGCCUGCAAACCCUACACGCUAACCUGCCCCAGCACCACGGUCUACUCUUAUCAAAUGACCAGCUGUGACCGCACUUGCCGAUCCCUCAGCCAAUCAGACAACACCUGCGCUAUUGACUUCGUGCCAGUAGAUGGCUGUGGCUGCGCACAAGGAACGUACAUGAACGAGAAUGGUGACUGUGUUGCAUCUGCCAGCUGCUCAUGUUAUGAUUCAGGCAAAAUUAUUCCUGCUGGAGACAUAAUCUCAAAAGAUGGAGGAUCAUGUAUUUGCGAGCAAGGGAAAUUGAGCUGUACUGGAAACAGUCUUUUUGUCCAUUUUAUACUUUUAGAGUGCCAAGAUCCAAUGACGUUUUUCAACUGCUCCAACGCUAGCCCUGGAUCCACGGGAUCGGAGUGUCAGAAGAGCUGCAACACAUUAGACAUGGCCUGCAUCAGCACAGAGUGUGUGUCUGGCUGUGUGUGCCCCUCUGGACUGGUGUCUGAUGGGAAAGGUGGCUGUAUCGCUGAAAACCUGUGCCCUUGCUUCCAUAACGGAGUUGCCUACCAACCUGGAGAAAGCAUUAAGACUGACUGUAAUACAUGUACUUGUAAGGAUAGACGAUGGAUCUGUACCACAAACCAGUGCAGUGGGACAUGCAGCAUCUAUGGAGACGGCCAUUAUAAAACGUUUGAUGAGAAAAGAUAUGUCUUCAGUGGAAACUGUGAAUACAGCCUUGUUCAGGACUUUUGUAACAACGCCACCGGCACUUUUAGAGUCAUUACUGAAAACAUUCCUUGUGGAUCCACCGGCACCACUUGUUCCAAGGCUAUCAAGCUGUUUCUUGGCAGCAAUGAGCUUAGACUGACAGAUGGAUCCUACCAAGUUGUUCAUAGAGAUUCAGGAGAGGAGAUUCCCUACCAGAUGCGCACCAUGGGAAUUUACUUGCUGAUUGAGGCCAAUAAUGGUCUGAUGCUCAUAUGGGACAGAAAAACAACUAUACACAUCAAACUGAGUCCAGAGUUUCAUGGCCGCGUUUGUGGUCUGUGCGGAAACUAUGAUGGAAACGCAAACAAUGACUUCACUACACGCAGUCAAGCAAUUGCUGUCGAAACCCUGGAUUUUGUAAACAGCUGGAAGCUCUCUAAUUGUCCAGAUGCAACCCUCAUCCAAGAUCCAUGUGUCCAUAAUCCUUACAGGGAGGCGUGGGCACAGAGGCAGUGCAGCAUCAUUACUAGCAGUGUCUUCUCAACCUGUCAUUCACAGGUGGACCCCUCUCCUUUCUAUGAUGCUUGUGUGAGAGAUGCAUGUGCCUGUGAUAGUGGUGGAGAUUAUGAGUGUUUUUGCACUGCUGUAACAGCCUAUGCACAAGCCUGUAAUGAGGCUGGAGCCUGCGUUGCCUGGAGAUCACCUAAAAUAUGCCCAUUGUUUUGUGAUUAUUACAACCCCCCUGGUGAAUGUGAGUGGCAUUACAAACCUUGUGGAGCACCUUGUAUGCAGACAUGCAGAAACCCCUCUGGAAACUGCUCUAGUCAGAUACCAGCACUUGAAGGUUGCUAUCCUAAAUGCCCUCCCGAGCAGCCUAUUUUUGAUGAGGAUAACAUGAAGUGUGUGACACAGGAAGAUUGUGGCUGUUUUGUUGAAAUGUUACAUUAUCAGGUUGGCCAGCAGGUGCCAACCACAGAGAACUGUCAGUUGUGUUAUUGUUCAUCAUUUGGUGUUAUCUGUGACUUUGAUGUAAAUGCAUGUACAUGCCAAUACAACAAUAUGGAGUACAACUUUGGAGAUAUUAUUUAUCACACAACGGAUGGGCUGGGAGGUUGUAUCACAGGCAGAUGUUCAGUCAAUGGAACUAUUGAGAGGACUUUGAUACCUUGUGAAAUGACUACUGUCCCAACAACCACAUCCACCGUGACCACAGCACAGACAUUAACAGCAACCCCGACAACAGUUUUUGUCUUCAGCACCCCAGAUUCCUUUGUCCACCACAACCAGGCCACCAAAGGUGGUGACGACUGGUCUAACAAGCCAACCAACGACUACAGCAACAACAACUUUAGAAGAGAUUCCUUUGUCCACCACCACCAGGCCACCAAAGGUGGUGACGACUGGUCUAACAAGCCAACCAACGACUACAGCAACAACCAGUUUAGAAGAGAUGAUAUCAUUUACAAUGUUACUGAUGGCUUUGGUUGGUGCUUCACUGCAUACUGUAAUGCAACUUGUCAUAUUGUGAAGAUUUCAACAUCUUGUGAAACCUCUCCAUCACCAUCCAUUCCUCCUGCAACAACCACAUAUUCCAGUUCAUCAACAACCACAAGUUCCCCAGAAACAACACAGCCUACCACAACUAAUACAGGCACAGAAGUAACAGCUACAACCUUUGGGCCUAAGUGUGAUGCACUUGAUCCACCAAGACAGCCUGGCUCAACUAUACCAAGUGAUGACCCUUGUACACUUUGUCAGUGUGGUUGGAACGUAGAUCCUGAAACAAAUCUUCUUGCUCCAGAGUGUGUGAUAGCUGACUGCAACGAUAACUGUCCAGAGGCUCACGAGUACCAACUCAUUCCUGGUCAGUGCUGUGGAGAGUGUGUUAGCACCGAUUGUGUGGUUAUGCAGGACAACAUCACAGUUACCGUUUCAGUUGACCAGACAUGGCAACCAUCUAAUGACAAAUGUGUGAAAUACAAGUGUGAGAGAGUCAACGGUAACUCUGUGAUUGUUGAGAUUAAGACCACUUGCCCUGCCUUCAAUCCUGAAAAUUGUAUCCCUGGAACAGAGACAAUAGAUGCAGAUGGCUGCUGUCAAACCUAUCCUGAAACAAAUCUUCUUGCUCCAGAGUGUGUGAUAGCUGACUGCAACGAUAACUGUCCAGAGGCUCACGAGUACCAACUCAUUCCUGGUCAGUGCUGUGGAGAGUGUGUUAGCACCGAUUGUGUGGUUAUGCAGGACAACAUCACAGUUACCGUUUCAGUUGACCAGACAUGGCAACCAUCUAAUGACAAAUGUGUGAAAUACAAGUGUGAGAGAGUCAACGGUAACUCUGUGAUUGUUGAGAUUAAGACCACUUGCCCUGCCUUCAAUCCUGAAAAUUGGAACAGAGACAAUAGAUGCAGAUGGCUGCUGUCAAACCUGUGA